ACUGGCGACAGAUACGUGAUCCUGAAGCGGUACAGUGACUUCUACAAGCUGCGUGCGGAUAUCGUGAAUUCUAUUGAAGCACAACCCGUUGCCGUCAGAGGUAUCAUAGGACACGCUCUCAUGGCGUUUCCCGAGAAGAAGAUGUUCAACAACAAGACAGAUGAGACCAUAUGGUGGGAGGUAUCAGUGGGCAUGCUCUCAUGGCGUUGUCCAAGAGCGAUAAUAUUAAUACUAUAA